AUGAAUAUGAGAAAAAACAAGAACGUUGACCAAACUACACCUUAUGCCAUCUAUGGAUUUUUCCGUUCGUUUCGAGAAUCUUUACCUGAUGAUAGCGAUUUUUCAGAUUUUAUUAGUACAUUAACCAUUACGCCGAUGAAAGCCGUUGUUGAAAAUGUAUUACCAUUCUUCCGUCGUUCUUCAGACCCGAGCUUAUUAACAAACUUUCAAGUAAUGAUAAGACAGGCCGAACAGAAUAGUGAUUUUGAAAGUACCUUUAUGAGAGUUUGUGAUGCUAUUGAUAUGCUUGAAAAGGUUGAAUUAGCAUUAAGACAUGACAGACGUUUAAUGGAUGGUUAUCUAAAAGCGAUGCAAUUUGAUAAUGCUUCUGCUAGUCAUCAACAAGUUUGGAGUGGUUUACAGCGGUUUUUAAAUGAGGAAUGUGAUUUGACUACUAAACGAAGAAUGGAAAGAGUUUUUGCGGAACAAAAAGCAAGUGAUGAACUCGGACUUAACGAUGAUGUCCUUGCUACAGCGCACGCACUGAUUGGUGAUGAUGGAUUGUACAUUCAGCUUCUUGAAACACUUCAACUAAAUAAUCGACAAAAUCUUCCCUGGGAAACUGUUAUCACCAGGAUUCAACGUACCAUUGAGGCUAACAAACCAAAGGUCUGGCCAAUGUUGCGUAGGUUUUUGGACGACGUUCACAGUGGCCGCGGCAUCGAUGAACUUGAAUACAAUCUCUAUUGGGAUUAUAUCGAAAAUGAAUAUGCUGAAGAUGAGAUUGACAUUGAGCAAAGACUUGCUAAUAUCGCUCUAGAUUCUGAAAAAGAUGGUGUUAGCGUCGUUGAACCUCAACAAACACAAGAGCAACGAAAGCAACAAAGAGAAGUUCUUGGCGCG